AGUCAACGAGCGGUAACAUCUGCCAAAGUAUUCCAGAAGGACUCCAUCAAGGCGAUCUUUGACCCCCACGAUGCACCGUAGCUGGAAGAUUUACGUCGGCGCCGAGGUGCCGGCAACUGCCGCGUCAACCACUGCAGACAGCGCCUCCACACAGGCGCUGCUCGACACCGCCUUUGCACGUCGGGCGCGGUGGACGCUGCAGACGGCCUCACCGGCACUCCGUCAGCGACCCUCUGCAGCGCCUUCUCCUGUCUUACGUUGGCUGCUGCAGAUGGCGAACACGCAGACGGCGACAACGGUGGAGGUCGCAUCAACCCGUCGAGGUGGACUCCCAAAAGGAAACGGUGGCCCGCCUUCCAGCACGGAGACGCACACAUCGAGCACGCCGUCUGAGAUGGAGGUUGCCGCCGCCGCAACCGCGGCGCGUCCGCCUGCCUCGACGCUCGCGACGACCGCCCUGGUACGGCGGGGGGUGGGGCCGAAGGAUCCGCUGCUCCAACGACUCCUCAAGAAGCGUCAAGAGGCAGAAUCGGCUACCACCACACCUGCUCCCACUGCAACGCCGGCAUCAUCAUCAACAGCAGCAGCAGCGACCGCCACGACGGGCAGCAGCGGCGUCACGCCUUCUCACUGGACGCAGCACUCCUAUUCCGCGAUGACGCCCACCAGCUGGCGCGUCUUCCGUCAGCAGCUUGGCAUCACCAUCGAGUUGGUCGCCCCCGCGAUGACAGUGCCGCCGCUCGCUUCAGGUUCUGUUUUUCCUUCCUCUGCUGCUGCUGCUGCGGCCCUGCCCGCGGCGGACACGCUGUCGGCCAUUCGGUGUUGGGAGGAGGCGCAGUUACCUCUAACGCUCGGCCGCUGCGUGGCGACCUCCUACGCCCUCCCCACGGCGGUGCAGGCGCAGUGUGUGCCGCUGGCCCUUCUCACGUCUCCCGCCUCGUUGUCCGUGUCCGCCCCACUCACUACGACGAUCACCACCACGGCGAGCUCUCUGGGCAUGGAUGUAUUGGCCGUCGCGGAGACCGGCAGUGGCAAGACGGCGGCGUACUUGGUGCCCUUGCUGGCGCAUGUGCUGUGUCGCGCACCGAAGCUGCUCGGGCAUCCAGAUCGGAUCUCUCUUGGGCCGUUAAGCCUCGUGAUGGUGCCGACCCGUGAGUUGGCGGAGCAGGUGACGGCAUCGCUGCUGCAACUGUGUGGGCAGGCAGGACCUUCAGCAGCGCCGUCCUCGUCCCCCGGUGUGCGCCGGUCAGACCUCGUUGCCUGGGAGGCGGAAGAAAACGAUCUACCUUCGGGCAGCGCAGUCAGCGCACCCGAGCGCAACUGUUUGAGUGAGUUCCGCGUAGUGAAGGUGGUUGGCGGCGAAAGCCGCGACGCGCAGUACGACGCACUCGCGCAGGGUGCCCACUGCGUCGUCGGCACCGUCGGUCAGCUGCAGACGCUGCUCGAGGACCGCCUGCUGUCCCUUGGCAACACCCAAUUCGUCGUGGUCGAUGAAGCGGAUCGCAUGAUCGAUGAGCAGCAGGAGGAGAAGCUCGUUGCCGUCCUCGAGCGGUGCCCGACGCCGCGGCAGACCCUAAUGUUCACGGCAACGCUGAGCACACCUUGUGCGGGCGUGGCGAAGCGCUAUCUGUCGAGGUCGGGCUACUAUCUGGUGCGCACACCGUACCGGUGUGCGUCGAUACGGCAGUCGUUUGAACUGAUAUCAGAGACCACCACCGCCGCCGCCAGCGCCACUGAUGACGGAUCGGCUCGUCGCGCCGCGCGGUCUCUGCAGCCACCGCGACAGCAGCGGAGGCUGGACAACACGGAGAGGCCGCCCGCCGACGAUCGUGCCCGGCAGCCGUCAGAGAAUCCUCGACAGCAACGCAGCCUACACCCACUCCUGCAGCCGCAGAAGUUUGCACGACUCGUCGCCUGGCUUGUUUACGGUGCCGGCCCCAUCAUCGUCUUCGCCAACGCCAAGGCGACGUGCGAUACCCUUUUCGAUGAACUGCGGACGGAGGCGGAGUACUUGGACGCCCAGCAGGAGUACUUCACCCUAACGGACCUCGUUGGCCCGCCCCCCGAUGGGCUCGUCUUUCGCGAAGAUAGCGAAGCUCCUUCGACCUCCUCACGCGCAGCAACGGCAGCAGCAGCAGCAUCGCCGUCGCCGCGAGAUCCGUCGCUCGUGAACUUGCGCUCCGUCGCCGUCGUCCACUCGGAGCUGUCGCAGAGCGAGCGGCGCGGCCUCGUCGCGCAGUUCCAGCGCCGGCAGCGGUCCGUCCUCAUCACCACCGACCUGCUCGCCCGUGGGCUGGACGUGGCGGGCGUGACGCUGGUGGUGAACUACGAUGUGCCGUGGAGCGCCACCGGCGUGCCAGCGGAGUCGGUGAUGCAGUACGUGCACCGAAUCGGUCGCACCGGCCGCGCCGGCUCGACGGGCGUCGCUGUCACCUUUGUGGUUCUGCCCGCCGCGAUGGUGCAGCGAGCCGAGGAGGUGGUGAGGGAGGAUACCACCACGGUGGCGGGAGCGAAAAGCGGCGGCGAUGGAGUCAACGAGCGAGGCAGCUGGAACCGCGUCGCUGCGCGUGCGAACACAAACCGGCUGACCUUGGCCACAGCAGCAGACGAUGACGACGACGAUCCGGCGAGUUUAAUGGGCGAGCUCUUUGAUGGGGACACCCGCAAUGUGUGGGUGGCCGGUGCGUCUGCUGCGGUGGCGGGGGCGAGGGGCGGCCGUCACCGGCACAACGAUGCGUCAGAGAACGAAGACGACGCAGGGGUUGACACGAGCGAUAACGAAGAAGACGGCAGCGCUAAUAGAGGAGACGCGCGCUCGACGAACAAACGGGCGAGAUCAACAGUCGGCUUUGCGAGUGAUGUGGCUGUCCUGCGCCCCCUCUGGUCGUUUCUGAUGGAGUGCGCGGAGGGGGAAGGCUGCAAAGACGGAGCAGCGGCCUUGCGUCGUGGCACGUACGCAAAGAUCAGCGUGCCGCCUGCGCUGGCGUGCAUCAUGGCGCAGUUGUCUGCCACCUCACAGUUCGGCCGCAUCACGCUGUAG